GACGUGUGACGUCAUCAGGCGGCGCCGCUUCAGCGCUGUGAUUCAACUGCAGAAAGGAUAAAGUGUCCAAACACAGAGAAAAACUCCUGCUGAAGCGACUGAUCUCCACAGUUAUAAAGAUGGCGUUUAUUAAAGAGGAAAGUGAAGAUGUGAAGAUUGAAGAAACAUUCAGAGUCAAACAGGAAGAGCUGCAGGAACAAACAGAGCUAAUUGAAGAUAAUGAGAUGAGGAAAGAGGAGGAAGAUCAUGUCAAAAUUGAGGAAAAAACUAAUUUACAGACUGAAAGUAUUUUGAAAAGGAGAGACAGGAAUCGUUUCACCUGCACGCAGUGUGGAAAGAGUUUUGGAAGAAAAGGCAAUCUUAAUAUUCACAUGAUGAUCCACACUGGAGAGAAACCAUUCACAUGCACUCAGUGUGGGAGGAGUUUCAGCCAAUCAUCAUCCCUUAAUCUACACAUGAAGAUCCACACUGGAAAGAAACCAUUCACUUGCACUCAGUGUGGGAGGAGUUUCAGCCAAUCAUCAUCCCUUAAUCUACACAUGAAGGUCCACACUGGAGAGAAACCAUUCACAUGCACCCAGUGUGGGAAGAGUUUCAGCCAAUCAUCAAACUUAAAUCUACACAUGAGGAUCCACACUGGAGAGAAACCAUUCCCUUGCACUCAGUGUGGGAGGAGUUUCAGCCAAUCAUCAUCCCUUAAUCUACACAUGAUGAGCCACACUGGAGAGAAACAAUUCACUUGCACUCAGUGUGGGAAGAGUUUCAGCCAAUCAGCCAACUUUAAUAAACACAUGAGGAUCCACACUGGAGAGAAACCUUUCACAUGCACCCAGUGUGGGAAGAGUUUCAGCCAAUCAACAAACUUUAAUCUACACAUGACGAGCCACACUGGAGAGAGACCAUUCACAUGCACUCAGUGUGGGAAAAGUUUUAAAUGCUCAUCACACCUUAAUCAACACAUGAGGAUCCACACUGGAGAGAGACCAUUUACAUGUACUCAGUGUGGGAAGAGUUUCAGCCACUCAUCACACCUUAAUCAACACAUGAGAAUCCACACCGGAGAGAAACCAUUCACUUGCACUCAGUGUGGGAAGAGUUUUAGCCAAUCAGCCAACUUUAAUCAACACAUGAGAAUCCACACCGGAGAUAAACCAUUCACUUGCACUCAGUGUGGGAAGAGUUUCAGCCAAUCAUCAUCCCUUAAUCUACACAUAAUGAACCACACUGGAGAGAAACCGUUUACUUGCACUCAGUGUGGGAAGAGUUUCAGCCAAUCAUCAUCCCUUAAUCUACACAUGAGGAUCCACACUGGAGAGAAACCAUUCACAUGCACCCAAUGUGGGAAGAGUUUCAGCCAAUCACCAUCCCUUAAUCUACACAUGACGAGCCACACUGGAGAGAGACCAUUCACAUGCACUCAGUGUGGGAAGAGUUUUAAAUGCUCAUCACACCUUAAUCAACACAUGAGGAUCCAUAGUGGAGAGAAACCAUUCACUUGCACUUAAGCUGUGGUCACACUGGACUUUUCUCUCCAUAGACUUCCAUUUAUGUGCACGCGAAUGCAUCAGACCGGAAACACAAAUUCGUGCAUCAAGUUUCACAGUUCACUGCGUUGCAAAGUUCAAGCUUGGUGAACUCUGACCUGCAAAAUUGCAUCACUUGACUGUGUGAGACCAAUCGAAGUUCAAAACAUGACCUCGCUGGACAGCAAAUUAAAUUAUGGACCAAUCGCUCACUUUUUAAUGUCUAAUCAUCUUGUUUAAUUCCGCCCCUUUUUGCAGCACCGUACAACAGAAUUUUGCAUGCUCAAACUCUAGUGUGACCGCAGCUUCGGUGUGGGAUGAGUUUCAGCAACUCAUCAGACCUUAAUAAACACAUGAAUACCCACACUGGAGAGAAACCAUUCACAUGCACUCAGUGUGGAAAGAGUUUCAACCGAUCAGCAAACCUUAAUGAACACACGAAGAUCCACACUGGUGUGAAAGAGUAUAUGUGCUUCAGUGUGAGAAGACUUUUAUUACAGCUACAAAAUUUAAACUGCACCAGACAAUUCACACUGGAGAGACCGUACAAGUGUUCACACUGUGACAAGAGGUUUAAUCAGUGAACACAUCUGAAAACACACUGGAGAAAAACCGUACAGAUCUGAUCAGUGUCUACAGAGUUUCGCUUAUUCGGUGCAGCUUAAGAAACACAUGGACAAAAAGUUGCACACAUAACAUGAAUGCAGCAAAAUAUUUUCUCAUGUGCACAGGAUGUUUCAUGUCUGAAUAAUGUUUGAAAAGGCUGAGUGACAGUAUACUGUUUUCCAACACUCCUACACUGCAGUAGGUGGGGUUGUAAAUGUGUUGCGCUCCUCGCGUUUACCGUAAACACAAUAGUGGCGGCUGAGAGAAGAACAGUUUGUUUUGGAUGAUGUUCUCUGUCUGACUCCCUGAAUGAGAAACAAAUCACUGGGAAGACACUGCACAACAAAGAAGGUGGAGCUCCAGGACGGUUAGUUUUCAGUAUAACAUGGCCUCAAGUUUAGAAAGCCCAUUCAAUUGUCCUGUGUUGCAUCUUUUAUUAGUAAAGUUUCUUUACUUUAAGGUUCAAGAUUUUUUCUAGUUUACUACAUUUACUUGUUUGAGUAGAAUACAAACUUGAUGAAUAUUUGAUGAUUUAGGCAGAGCGACAGGUAUUAAGUUUUACAAUAUUAAUACAGUGUGAUGAUCCCAAGACUCCAGAUUGGAGUAUGUGGUAAAUCCUGAUUGGAUGCCUGCAUUACUUAUCAAUGGGUAUAUAAAAGUUGUAGCUAGCUACUCCGGGCACUGUGGCUACUCGAGAGUUCAUGCCAAGACCUGUCAUCUCAUUGACUCUUUAACCUUAUGGUUUUGUUUUGCAUUACUUAUGUCAUGUAGUUAAAGUGUUGUGAUUAUAUCCUAAGUUCUUUAUCUUCAUUAUUAUCCCUAGACAUUUGUUGGUAGCUUUGAUUGAU